GGGGCGCCGAGCGGGGCCGCUUCCGCCUCGCCGCUGCCCGGCGCGCUGAGGCCGAGGGGUCCGGGCCGGCCCCGGUCCGCUCCUUUCCUCCCUUCCUCCUUCCCUCCGGCCGCGCCCCGAGCCCCGCGGGGCUGCGCGGGCAGAUGGCCGGGUGCGUGUCCAAGGUAGAGCUGUCGGUGUCCUGCCAGAGCCUCCUCGACAAAGACCUGGGCUCCAAGUCGGAUCCGCUCUGCGUCCUGCUGCAGGACCUGGGCAGUGGCCAGUGGGCUGAGCUGGAUCGCACAGAGAGGAUCAAGAACUGCCAAAACCCUGAAUUCUGCAAGAAACUGGUUGUGGAUUACUACUUUGAGAAGGUGCAGAAGCUGAAGUUCGGUGUGUAUGAUAUCGAUAACAAGUCCUUUGAUCUGAAUGAUGAUGACUACCUCGGAGGGGUCGAGUGCACAUUGGGACAGGUUGUGUCCAGCUCUGUGUUCACCCGACCGCUGGAAUUGAAGCAGGGAAAGCCAGCAGGAAAGGGCACCAUUACAAUUUCAGCAGAGGAGAUUAAAGACACCAGGGUUGUGUACUUGGAAAUUGAAGCCCAAAACUUGGACAAAAAGGAUUUCUUGGGUAAAUCGGACCCGUUUUUGGAGUUCUACAAGCAGAGUGAUGCUGGAACAUGGCAGCUGGUGUACAGAUCAGAGGUGAUUAAGAACAACUUAAACCCAUGCUGGAAGAAGUUCAGUGUUCCCUUGCAGACGUUCUGUGGUGGAGAUUUUAAUAAACCCAUCAAGGUCCAGUGUGCAGAUCAUGACAGCGAUGGCUUGCAUGACUUGAUAGGCACUUUUGAAACCACCCUGACUCAGCUACAGAAAGGUGACAGCUCUCCGGUGGAAUUUGAAUGCAUUCAUCCUGAGAAGAAACAAAAGAAAAAGAGCUACAAAAACUCUGGCAUUAUUAGGAUAAAAUCCUGCAAGAUUGAGAGAGAAUAUUCGUUCCUGGACUACGUCAUGGGAGGCUGCCAGAUUAACUUCACAGUGGGUGUAGACUUUACUGGCUCCAAUGGAGAUCCCAGGUCACCAGAUUCUCUUCACUACAUCAGCCCAGACGGGAUAAAUGAGUACCUGGUUGCCAUCUGGAGCGUGGGAAGUGUGGUCCAGGAUUAUGACACGGACAAGCUGUUUCCUGCAUUUGGGUUUGGAGCUCAGGUUCCACCUGACUGGCAGGUAUCCCAUGAGUUUGCUUUGAACUUCAACCCCAGCAACCCUUAUUGUCAAGGGAUCCAAGGAAUAGUGGAUGCCUACCGCCACAUCCUGCCUCAGAUCCGACUCUAUGGGCCAACCAAUUUCUCUCCUAUUAUAAACCAUGUGGCACGGUUUGCAGCACACUCGGCACAACAAGGAACUGCUUCAGUGAGUGCAUGUUCUUUCUUGUGGAUCUGCCUUGGGGUGGAUAUUUCUGUUUCCCAUGUUCAUGAUGGGAUAGAAUGCACUGGUAAACAAUAUUUUAUCUUGCUGAUCAUCACAGAUGGAGAGAUCACUGACCUUGACCAAACCAGGCAGGCGAUUGUUAAUGCCUCGAAGCUGCCAAUGUCCAUCAUCAUUGUGGGAGUUGGUGAAGCUGAUUUCAAAGCAAUGGAGUUCCUUGAUGGAGAUAACGGUGUCCUGAAGUCUCUGGCAGGAGAACCAGCUGCACGAGACAUUGUCCAGUUCGUGCCUUUCCGGCAGUUCAGAAAUGCCCCCCGGGAAGCGCUGUCCCAGAUGGUUCUGGCUGAAGUACCGAAGCAGCUGGUGGCCUACUAUAAGUGGCAGGGGUGGCCACCCGUGAAACCACCUGAAGUAAAGAUCAUGUAGAUUGCAGCCUGACCUGGCCGCCUGUGGCAGCACCGGGGUGAAGAGAGCUGUCAGCACCCACACCCUCCCUUGCACACUGGGGGAUCGUACCAUUCACACUAAGCUCUUACCUGCUUGUGCUCUGUCUUUGAUCUUUCCUGUUCCUCAUCAGAGGGAAUGUAACCAUGGGAGAAACCCACACCUGCUGGCAGUUUCAAUCACAGCAAACACCAUCCUGUUAGUUCUUUACCUAGAAACAGCAGCAGCACAUCAUUGCUUGACAGGACCCAGCUGCUGCUUGGUGUCAGAGCAGGCAUGUGCACUGCUUCAGUGCUGAGCUUGGUAGGAGUAUUGCUGUAAUGAUACUUGUCAUACAUUCCAUGAUACAUUUUUUUCCUCUAUCAAGCUGCCUUGGGAAUGGGGACCCUUCUGCCCUGGUUGGUACCAAAGUCUGUUGGUUGGAUGCCUGAGGUAGUUCCUGUCGUGCCUUUCUGAAGUGCCAGUAUAUUUUUAUAUGUCGAGGUUUAUUUUUACAUGUCAGUGACCCUAUUUUGCCACCUCAUUUUUAAUCGUGUUCUUCUCUUAGCAAGAACUGCUUUGUGAUGGCCUCUUGCUGGGAGCCAUUGUUGAA